AUGAUGAGUAAAGAUGUUAUGAUAAUAAUGUUAAAUUUUCAUUCAUUUUUAUAUAUACUAUUUCCAAUAGUAUUAUUAGGAUGUUCUGGAUCAAAUAAUGAUAUGUCUAUUAUUCAAUCACCAACUUUAACUUUACAAUUUAAUCCUCCUGCUUUAUGGACAUAUCCUGAAACUGAUGCUCAAACAACAUUAUCAUUUUUUCCAGGUCAACCAUUAACACAAAUUGAGGCACAAAAUAAUGCUGAAAAUGAUAUUAAAAAUGCUAUUGUUAAUUCAUUAACAGAAAUUGGUAUUGAACCACAAGGUAAGACAAUUGUAACAACAUAUCAACCACAAAUGGUUCAUGAUUGUUAUAAAGUUUUACCAACUGGUGUAACAAAUGCUGUUGGUAGUACAAUUGGAAUUCUUGAAAGUGGUGCUAUUACAAAAUUAGCAACAAUUGGUGGUACAGCAGCAUUAUCAGCUGACUCAUGUUCAAAAAGAAGUUUUGCUGCGAAUCCUUUAACUUAUACAGAAAAUAUUUUAACAGCUACAGUAACUAUAAAUAAUUUAAUUACUACACGUUUUUCUUUACGUCAAUUGGCAAAUAGUAUGAUGAGUAAACUUUCUUUUGGAAGUAAUGUUCAAUUUGUUAGUGAAAUAACUUAUUAA